UCUUCCAAGAUGGCUUCCUCCCUGUGAGGUGUUUUUCGAGAGAUCGCUAGGUGCAUUGGGUCUGGUAAAGAGAGCUAAGGAUUUCCCGACUGGGAGGAUGAUUGGAUCCCCGGAUCUGGUGGCUUUUACCAGGGAGGAAGAGUAUGAGGAGCAGUUGCAGAGCUCGCCGGGGCUGCCCGAGGAAUACUCGGUACCACUCUUCCCUUUCACUGACCCAGACAGCAGCCCCUGGUCCAGGCUCUCGGGAGCCAAAUUCAGCAGGGACUUCAUCCUCAUCUCCGAGUUCUCUGAGCAGGUUGGGCCCCAGCCCUUACUAACCAUCCCCGACGACCAGAGGGUCCAAGGCGUCUUCGACCUGAACUAUUUUUCCUUGCGCAUCAUGUCGGUGGACUACCAAGCCUCCUUCGUCGGCCACCCGCCUGGCUCCUCUUAUCCCAAGCUGAACUUUGUGGAGGACUCCAAGGUGGUCCUCGGGGACUCUAAGGAAGGGGCAUUUGCCUACGUCCACCAUCUGACGCUGUACGACCUGGAGGCGCGGGGCUUCGUCAGGCCCUUCUGCAUGGCUUACAUCUCCACCGAUGAAGAGAAGAUCAUGCAGCAGUUUCUGGAGCUUUCUAAUGACUUCUCCAAGGCGUCCGACUGCCUGAAGACGGGGAACCGGAAGGCGUUUGCCAACGAGCUGGAGAAGAAGCUUAAAGAUCUGGAUUACACCAGAUCCGUGCUCCAGGCUCAUUUGGAAGAACAGAUGAAGACGGACGACAAGGGUUUCUACACCACUCAGGCCAUCGAGAAAGCCAACGAACUCGCCAACGUGGAGAAGUCAAUCAUCGAGCAUCGGGACUUAUUGAGACAAAUACAGUCCUACCCGUACAGAAAGCUGAACGCCAGUGACUUCCAACCAUACGUGCCAGAGUGUUCGCACGACGCGCCGGUUACCGAUGAGUCUCAGGAGCCGUUACCGGCUUCCGAACCCGAGCUGAACCCCUCGCGAGGGGAGACUGUGUUUCCGUUGAGACCGUCCUACACUCCCAAGUUCAUAAAAGCCAAAUCGGCCAAAUGCUUCGAUAAAAAAAUGAAAACCUUAGAGGAACUUGUCGAUAUUUAUUUCUUUACGCAGACGGUGGACUUGCUAACCAGCGUAGAGAAGAGAUACAGGGGCGACGUGAGUUAUAUACUCAUGAGUCACCUUGAUAAAGCACUUCUAGAGCAGCAAACAAUUACGAACUUUUUAUUCGAAGAUGUGUCGAUGUGGAACGCGAAGGCGUCCGCCAAGCAUUACGUUGAUAAGCUUGAUGUUUCUCAAAGUUUGCAAAAUUCCGGGUUCUUAGAGGAGCCCGAAAGCCUCAAACCCGCCACGAGUUUGGAGACGUACAAGUCGAGCGUGGAGUCCGUCCCUAUUAAAAUCGAGCCAGACCUGUUUACCGGAGAUAGUCACGCGGAAGAACCCGACCAUGGUGUCUGUGACAGCGGGGAGAACGCAGAAUGCCUUGAUGUGGAUAUGAAAGGGAGCGUGAGCAGCGGUGAAAGCAUCGAGGUUUUGCGGACGGAAAGGUCCACCUCGUUGGUCGUUCAUUCAGAAAGCCAGCCGUGCAUUAGGCUGAAUUCUAGUCCGCAGCCGCCGAGGAGGAAAGCGGCCGGCAGGAGAACCAUUAGCGAGGACAGCAUCGAGGUGCUUAGCAUGUGUACGUCCGAGACGGUCAUACCCGAGGAUUUCAGAGCCGCUUACCAAAUUGUUAUCAAUGAAGAGGAGCCGUAUUUAGAUGAGGAAGGUGGAGAUCCACCUUGCAGUUCUACUCCCGUUGAGAAGGUCCAAGCUCAUCUCGAUGACUUUCCAGUAGACCCGGCUUGCUGCAUCGGUUCAGAUAAUUCGGACAUCGUGGCGGAAGCGGAAGGCCUAUCUCUGGAGACCGGCGGAGGUGACGUUGUGGUUAGUGUCCCGCCACAGCCAUGCAGACCCUCGGAUGGAGGUUUUCAGGUGAAGCUAUCGGUGGACGAGGUUGGGAAUCUUCCUAAUGAAAGCGGACUGUCCACACCUGAGCCAGAGUCCGGUCAUUUACUAAGUAUCAGGGAAGCCAAACGAAUGGCUCUCGAAGAGCAUUCGGAUUCUGCAAGUCAUAGGAGCAGCGCGUCCACUUGUUCGGAUAGAACCCCUUCCCCGCCUCCUGUUAUCGGCGUCACCGAACGGCACAAGAGGAAAGCCGGGCAGAACGCGCUAAUGUUUAUCAGGCAGUACCCCUUCGCCCAUCCCGCCAUAUAUUCUCUUCUGAGCGGGAGGACUCUCGUGGUUCUGGGAGAAGAGGAGGCCUUUGUGAAAAGGCUGGUGACUGCUUUGUCUAUAUUUGUCCCUAAUUGUGGACACGAUGCCAAACCGGUAAAGCCGUGGGUCACGUCCCCGCUGCACAUAACGGACUUCCAAAAGUGGAAGCUGAUUGGACUUCAGAGAGGACUUUCUCCGUCUGGCGCCCACAUCCUGCAUCGCUACAGCCGGUACACCAGCAUCUUGGACGCGGACAACAAAACCCUACGCUGUCCCGUCUAUAAGGGCUCGCUCCUCCAUCGCAUGGCCGACCACCGCACUCAGAUCCGGAAGGGCAGCACGUACUACAUGCACGUCCAGAGCAUGCUGACCCAGCUCUGCUCCAAAGCCUUCCUCUUCACCUUCUGCCACCACGUCCACCUUCCGAUCCGCGACAAGGAAAGCGAGGAGUCGAUCGCCCGGCGGAGGAACGCUUUUCUCCAGCAGCUGCUCGGACUCGCCCCGGAGGACAGCAAAAUAGUGGAGUACCUCUCGGAGCUUCUCAAAAUGCAUUAUCUACGGGAGACGGGGACGCAGCUUCUCCCGGUGCUCAGGUUUGACUAUAUCCCUAGUUUUUUAUAUAAAAUCUGAACUCUGGGAUGCCGCAGUCGGACGUUCCUUCCCACGGAGAGC